UGCCCUUCUUGAGAAACCUCAUGAACCAUAACGAAAGCCAAUAGGUUUCAGCUGAACCAGACGUUGCCAUUGCAAUGGAGCUUCUCUCACUGACUCAUUCCCCAUGCGGCAUUCUAGAAUUUUCUACAAACACCACCUUGCAGAAGUCAUCUUAUAUCUGUGGCCAACCUCUGCGAUUGCCCAAUUGUGCGAGGCACCCACGAACCAGGAAGCUCCGUUUCAGGCAUUGCACGGCUCAAGCGUCAGCUGGAGGAUCAAUUCGGGAGAGUGCACAAGCUUCUAAUAAGAUAUUGAAUUCCAGUUGUGAUGAUCCUGUGUUCGUUGCUGGCGCUACUGGAAAAGUUGGUUCUCGGACAGUGAGGGAGCUGCUUAAGCUGGGCUUUCGAGUAAAGGCGGGCGUUCGUAGUAGAGAGAGAGCAAAAUCUCUUGUAGAAAGUGUGGAAAAGCUGGAGAUUCGUUCAAGUGCAUCACCAAAUUCAACCCCAGCGGUAAAGAGACUUGAAAUUGUGGAAUGUGAUUUGGAGAAACCAAGUGAGAUUGGGCCAGCAAUCAGCAAUUCUUCUGUGGUUAUUUGCUGCAUUGGUGCUAGCGAAAAGGAAGUCCUCGAUGUCACUGGACCCUACAGAAUUGACUACCAAGCAACAAAAAAUCUUAUUGAUGCAGCAACUGCAUCAAAGGUCAAGCAUUUCAUUUUGGUCUCUUCCCUUGGCACAAACAAAGUUGGGUUUCCUGCUGCUAUUCUAAACUUGUUUUGGGGAGUCCUCAUUUGGAAGAGGAAGGCAGAAGAAGCCUUGAUUGCCAGCGGAAUUCCUUACACUAUAGUAAGACCAGGAGGAAUGGAGAGACCGACAGAUGAUUAUAAAUUAACUCACAACAUGGUUCUUGCAAGUGCAGAUACAUAUUUUGGGGGCCUAGUUUCUAACCUUCAGAUAGCUGAGCUGAUGGCAUUCAUGGCAGAAAAUAGGGGGCUGUCUUCGAAUAAGGUUGUAGAAGUAAUUGCAGAAACAACUGCGCCACAACUACCUUUUGAAGAACUUCUGACUAAAGUUCCUCCAGAUUCUCCAGUCAAUUUUGUGGAGGAAAUGAAGUCUGAAUCAGAGCCAAAGACUGCACCGGAUGUUUCUGUGUUUGAAACAACCACCCUUUCUGUUGAGACAAAACCAGUAGAAAUGAAGGCAUCAAAGCCGCUCUCUCCAUAUCAUAUGUACGAGGGUUACAAGCCACCAACCUCUCCAACCCCAACACCGAGCACUACCUCAACAUGCCCUCCAGAAAGGCUUGAGGACAUUUCAGUACCUGCUCAAGCGGAAAAAGCUGAAGCAAAUGACACUGAAGGACAGGAAGAAGCACACACUCAGUUGAAGAAGACCAAACCCUUAUCACCUUACUUUGUAUAUGAAGAUCUCAAGCCACCAACUUCACCGUCUCCAAAUCCACCUGCUGCUAAAAAGUCCAUGGUGGAGGAUAUUGCUUCUUUAUCAGCAUCCUCCUCAAACCAGCCCCGAGAAGCUACAGUUCCUACCAAUGACACAUUGAAGAGUUCGGAAAAGAGUCUACAUCAAGCAAAAUCUCGGCCCCUUUCUCCUUAUCCAGUAUAUGAAGACCUCAAGCCACCUACCUCACCAUCUCCAAGUGUGCCAAAUUCUCUUUCUUCUUUAUCAGUAUCCUUCUCAACCCAGCCUCAUGUGGCUGUAGAUGCCACUAAUGAUGCACCAAAAAGUUUGCAAGAUUCCAAUAAAACAAAGCCUCAGGCUCUUUCUCCUUACUCAAUGUACGAGGAUUUGAAGCCCCCAUCAUCUCCCAUGCCGUCAUCUCCAAGGAAAUGCUGAUGUGGACCCAAUUUUUUCGCAACAGUAAUUAUGUGAUAACUAUAAUCAAUUUAUUGUAGGAAUUAUUGUUGCAGAAGUCACCAGCUUUCUUGAAAGUGCUUAGAGGAUGGGCCUGAACUGCAGAUCAAAUUUGCUUUUUCAUCCUGCUAUUGUACUGCUGCAUAUAUAUGCCUUUUCUUUUUCUUUCUUGAUUUUGUGUUUUCUUUUCUAUAUCUUAAUAAAUCUUUAUUUCCAUA